AUGAAUAAGGCAUAUGACCGGGUUAACUGGAGGUUUCUCUUGAAGGUUCUUCAAGCCUAUGGCUUCCCUGCUCAAUGGAUUCAGUUGAUUAGUCAAUGUAUCUCUACAGUGUCAUAUCGCAUCCUCGUUAAUGGACAGGUUACAGAGUCCUUUCAUUCCCAUUGUGGGCUUCGACAGGGAGAUCCACUAUCCCCUUAUCUUUUCUUGCUCUGUAUGGAUAUUUUUUCUCGAAUGAUAAUCAUGGCUACGGAUAUUCGACUCUUCGAUGGGAUUAGAGCACACAGGUACGCUCCUUCUAUUUCUCAUCUGUUUUUUGCUGAUGAUGCCCUUCUUUUCUUUAAAGCGUCGACUGCUUCCUGUAAGCAACUGUCAAAGCUCCUUGAUCGAUUCUGCCGAUCUCUGGGCACAUAUCUUGGCACUCCUGUGGAUAUUCAAGGGAAGAAAACUCAGCACUUCACCUUUUUGCUUGAUAAUAUUUCUCAGCGCAUAACUGCUUGGAAUCAUUCACCUAUUUCGCAAGCUGGGAAAUUGAUUCUCAUCAACUCUGUCCUCAUUGCUUCCAUAGCUCACAUUCUCUCUGUAUUCUUGAUUCCCACAACAGUAGCUAAUAAGUUGGAUGCGAUGCUGGCUCGAUUUUUCUGGUCUAAUAGCUCUGGUAAAGGAAUUGCUUGGAAAAGCAAGGAGCUUUUGCAUCUGCAAAAAGGUGCUGGUGGUCUCGGAUUACGUAGUAUUGCGAUGCACAAUCGUUCUCUCUUAAUGAAGAAAGUUUGGCGUAUUCAAAAGAAUUCCGGUGACCUCAUUAGUAAGGUAUUUUGCGAUCGCAAUGUGGAUACUGGAUUCACGACACCAAAACUGCGUUCAGUGCGGGGUCAAUGUUCUUGGGGUGCGCGAGGUUUAAUUCAAGCAGAGCAGAUACUUUUGACAAAUUCUUGUUGGAAAAUUGGUUCCAAUUCCCCUCUCCUUGCUGGAAAGGAGCGUUGGGUUCGGGGCAGAUUCCCCUCUUUCGGGAUAAUUUUCUCUUCGCACUGCUGCUACGGUCUCCAUUGCUUCACUCCUGCUGCCUCAACAACAAGGCUGGAAUGUUUCCCGCCUUCAGUUCCUUUUUCAUCGAGUACGGUUCGUAAUAUACGUACCCUUGAAGUUCCUCGUCUCACAAACCAAGUUGAUGUUUCUAUUUGGCCUUUUACGUCAUCGGGCAAUUACACUACCAAAUCUGGCUACUAUUUCCUUUCUCGACAUACCGAUAUCUACAACAUGACUCCCCUACCAAUUCGAAGUUUUUCCGGAUUUUAUGGGGGUUACGCAUCAUGCCAAAAUGGAAAAUUUUCCUCUGGAAAUUAUUCCACAACGGCCACUGCUGCUUGGCAAACGAGUCAACUACGUAUUCAUUCCAACGCUACUCCCAUGGUGGCCUUUAAAGAUUGGCUAAUUGCAUGGAUACACUACUUCUACCAGCAGGAUGGAUAUAAUGGGCUUCGUCUUCCCGUGUUUGUGGCUAUUUUGUGGGCUAUUUGGCAGGGUCGCAAUAAUAAAGUCUUCAAUGGAAUAGCACCUGAUAUGCCUCUAAUCCGUUCACUCCAAGACAAAGGUCCUCCUGGGUUUCUUUUUGCACAUUUUGGGACAGCCUUCUGUGGGGUACCACAGUUACAUAUACAAGUGGAUGGUUCCUGGAAGAAAUCUUCUAUACUGGCCGGUAUUGCCUGGGUUGCGGAGCAUGUUUCUACGCAAACUACAGAAGUGCAAGGGGGCUGCAUUUAUGCGGAGUCCCCACUGGUUGCUGAAGCACGGGCUUGUCUGGGAGCCUUGGUAUGGGCGCAAUCACGGGGUUAUGGUCAAAUUUUGAUCUACACUGAUUCUGAUGUACUGGUCAGAGUUUAA